GUUACAUUAACGCUGCUACAUUAAAGUGUUCUUUGUGAUGAUUCCUUUUUAGGUGAUGGAGAUACUGAAAUAUUUUUCUUGGGCAGAACCUCAAAUCAAAGCUGUGAAAGCAUUGCAGCAUAAAAUGGUGGCAAUCACUACAACCAAAGUUGCAAAUAUCUUGAACUGCUUUACCUUUACAAAGGAUAGACUGAUUGUUUUGGAGCUCAUUGCCUUAAAUAUUUCAGAUGCUCAGAAUUACAGACCAGUAGAAGACCUAUUUCGAACACACCUGUCUGAGAAGAAAAGAGCACGCCGGAUCCUAGAGCAGGUGUGUAAGGUUGGCUGUAAAGCCCCUGUUGCCAUGAUUUCGUCAUGUGGUAUUAUCCCUGGAAACCCUUACCCGAAAGGCAGACCUAGUCUUGUCUCUGGCACAUUUCCUGGAGUCCCUCCAUUAAAAAAGGAGGGAGAAAAGAAAGACGACCACUUUAACAAUAUGGAUGGAAAAGGGAUUGCAUCACGAAUUCUUGGACCAUUUAAGCCGUUUCCUUCAUCCUAUAACCCUCAUCGACCUGUGCCCUAUCCUAUACCACCAUGCCGACCUCAUGCCACCAUCGCACCAAGUGCGUACAACAACGCAGGCCUUGUUUCUAUGGGAGGGGUUAUAACGGCCAACGUAGCUCCUCCCCCCUACAACAGCACCCAUAAAAUGGCAGGUUAUGCCAAACCAGGAAAUCCGCAAAAUGCUACACCAGGAGUGAAAAGUGGUCCCCUCCUCAUCCCUCACGGCUCGACUCCAUCUACCCCUGCUCCGCCUCAGGCCUCAGCGGCUCAGCAGGCUCCUACCACGCCCAUUACCCCAGUGUUUCCUGGCAUGGUGCCCUCGAACAACCCUAACGCCCCCUCCCCUGCACCUGCUCCCUCUCCCUCGGUCAUUAAAAGUGGACCACAAACCCCUAGUGGCCACAGUACUCCAGGACCCUCAUCUGUCAUCAAAAGCCACACACCAUCAAGUACCCCAUGUGGAACCCCAGUUCCCUUUCCCACUUCCUCCCGACCAGGCACUCCCGCCAACCCUCGCUCUGACCUUCACCAGAACAACUCCACACACCAGAAGGCUUUCUCACACUCUGUGGAACAUCAGCACACCUUCCACAGCACUCACCCGCAACAAGGUAACCACCCCGGGUCAGUAAUUCGGAGCUACACCCCCUCUGGUCCUGGAUCAUCCACCCCGAUAAACCCGAACUCUUCCACCCCUGGCCCAAGUCACAAACCUGCCCAAGCACAUGCGCUCCAGAGUGCAGCUGGAGCCCUGCAGGCAGAGCAGCAACGUGUAGCUUUGAGCAGACAUGCAGGGAGCAGCAGUGGCAGUAAUAGCCCUGUGCCCUCUGCCUUCAAAGGCACACCACGCUCUGGUACACCUUCUGUCAGCUCACUGGUGGUGGGCUCUGCUCAGGCUGCUCUGGCUCGUUCUCUAGGUCUACCUCAGUCUGCUGGGUCACCUCAAGUCUCACUUCCAAGUCCUGUAGCCAUCUCCGCACUCCAAGGCCUGCCCUCCAGCCCCGUGCCUUCUCAUUACCCUGGUCUGCCAUCUUUUCGCUCUCUUACUACUUCUAUUCCUGCUUCCACUGAUCCAUCAUCCUUACCAACAAUGCCCCCCUCCUCAAAUAUGUCUACUCACCCUCCAACAACCAUCUACCCCGGCCUUGCUCCGAGUGCUGCUCCCUCUGCAGCCUCGCCAUUCGGUCUGGGCCUCACUUCUGCGCCUUCCAUAUUCCCAGGCCUUCCUCCGGGCCCCAGCCCUGCUGGGUUCCCUGGGCUGGGGGUCUCUGGGGGUCCUGGUGCAGGUAGUCCGGUGCUGUCCUCCUUCAUGGGACUGGCUCCGACAGUGGCCUCUUCAGUGGCAUCUGUAGCCCCUCUGCAGGCAGCCGCUGCAGCAGCUGGGGUCCCCUCCUCAUCCCCAGUGUUACCAGGCUUUGCCUCUGCAUUCAGCUCCAAUUUUCAGCCUGGGUUGAGCAGUGGACUCCAGCCUCCAGGGGGCAGUGGAUUCCCAGGGCUGCUAUCUUUCCCCGGGGUACCGGGAUUCUCUCCCUCAGCUUCUCCAGCGGCCCUCAGUGGUCUUCACAAUCCCAGCAUGCAGUCAGCUCUCCUGCAGGCUCACUCCACACCUACCUUGGAUAACUUUUCUCCUCAGCCGAACAGUUUCCCCAACUACCCCCCAGGGCCCGGGGCUCCUUUUUCCCUACAGCCAGGCUUGCACCCUCAGCUCGGCUGGCAGUGAACAUUGGAAAGCAGUUUUCCAAAAUGGUCUCUGAGCCAGACCCUUUUUAGUGAUUUUUUGAAAAAAGUCAUAACAGUUAUGACAAUUGCUACAUGUCAAUGAAUAGGUGUUUAUGGACUAUACAUAAACAUGAUCACAUUUGAGUAAAUUUUCCUGACAACAAAGUUAGAGGAUUGUCUAUAGUAAUAGUCUAAUAUUAGUGAAUUAUUAUUGUUUAGUAAUGAGUUAUAGACAUUUAAAUUUUGUACGUGGGAUCAUGUAUUGAAUUGUCUGUUCACUUGUAGAUUUUCAUCAUUAGAUGAAAUUACUUUGAAUGGAGGACGUCAGCUGUUACUGCUGUUUUAUAACUCCUCUUCCUCUGACCUCCUGUUUGGCAGACGUGAAAUGUGCAGACACGAUAAACCUUACAUUGGUGCUGUUUAUCACAAGAACGCUUCAAUUCAUUUUUGUGUUUUGAUAGGGGCAGGGUACCAGUAUAUUUAUUUGUAUGCUUACAAUUGCAAUAUGAACAUUUUGCCACCAUGGAAUGAUAAUUGUGUUUUUUUUAUCUCAGCAUUGUGUCCUGUUUGUUAAGUAUUUCAAACAUAUUCAUGAAUUGUCUCUUCUUGACACUGCUCAUAAAUUCUACUACUGUAA